AUGGCAAACAUCGAAGUUGAGGUGCUACCGGGACCAUUCCUGCAGCUUGGCGAAGGACCACACUGGGACAUCGAAUCCCAGAGCCUGUACUACGUUUGCAUUCUAUCCGGCAGCCUACUUCGAUACGUUUGGAAGGAGAACAAAACAUAUUCCGCGACAAUCGAGGGCACCACGUACGCAUCGUUCGUCAUUCCGGUGAAGGGUCAACGUGGUAAGUUUGUCGUUGGUAGCGGUACACGUCUCGUGCUGGUCAGCUGGGAUGGCCAAUCGGCGAGCGCCACCGUCGAGCGUGUGUUGACCGAUCUCGGACCAGAGGAGGCCGAUCAUCGCUUCAACGAUGGCAAGGUGGACGGCCAAGGGCGACUCUAUGCCGGCACCAUGCUAGCGGAAGAUUCGCACAAUCACAUCGAAAUGGACGACGGAAAGCUGUACCGGUACGAGGCCGGCGCUGGCCAAAUGGUGCCGCUCAAGAGCAAGGUACACAUCUCGAACGGACUGACCUGGAGUGUGCGUACACAGCGGUUCUACUACAUCGAUUCGUUCGCCUUCGACAUCAAAGAGUACACCGUGGACGCGGAUGGCAAUCUGACCAACGAGACCGUUUUGAUAAAGCUGAAAGAUGACGAAGCACCUACCGAGUUCAUCGCCGACGGUAUGACGAGCGACACCGACGGCAACCUGUACGUGGCCAUGUUCUCCGGCUCCAAAAUUAUCAAGAUUAAUCCAGAGACGGCCAAGAUUGUGCAGGAAAUCCCACUCCCGGUAGCGCAAGUCACUUCCGUUGCCUUCGGUGGACCGGAGUUGGAUGUCCUGUUCGCGACGACUGCUGCCAAGGAGCUGUCACUACCGCAGGAACCGCCUGCAGGAGCGUUGCUCCGGAUUACUGGCCUGCAAGCGCGUGGUACUCCGAUGAACGAGGUUGUCCUACCCACCACCAGUUCCUAGCCAGCGUUCCCCUUCUUGCCGGUGCCGGUAAUCAUUUCAAUUUCCACUCGAUGAACGUCGCCGAUCUGCAGCACUGCUGCUUCUGCUGCUGCUGCUGCUGUGGCCACUGUUCCCGGGGCAUUUUUUGUGUUAAAGAAGUGUCGCAUACUUUCCGCUCCGUUAUCCUACUAUUGUUUCCUUGGAGUGGCGUGGCGCUGCCAUUGGUUCGGUU